AUGCGGAAACUUGCAAUGGGUUCUACAUACUUGCUUUCCAUUCUUCUUUAUAUGUUUAUUAUAAGCAUCAGUGUUUCUACUGUAGAUGAAUUUGCUCAUAUUUGUUACGAGACUGGAAACUUCACAAGAAAUAGCGAGUAUGAAAAGAACCGCAAUGCCUUCCCCUCAUCUCUUGCUACUAAUGUCGAAAUAAAUGGCGGCUUUUACAUGGCCGUCCUUGGCCAACACUCUGACAGAGUUUAUGCUCGUGCGGUUUGCAGAGGAGAUUCUACGAACGUAUCUUGCGCCAGUUGUGUCAGUUCAGCAACUGAUGGUCUUAUUGCAAACUGUCCGAACCAGAAAGAAGCUCUUUCCUGGGGAUUAAGGGAUUCCGAUUCUCCCUGCUUUGUACGCUAUGGAAAAUACUCAUUUUUCAAAGAAUUUGGCUUCUAG